GCGCUCGGGGGCCGCGCGUGGCGGGGCCGCGGGGAGGACGGGCUCCUCCGGGCUCGCCCUGGGCGGCGCGGGUGCAGGCGGCUGGAAAGCCCCGGGGCCUGGGCGGUCAGUGUGUGCGGAAGCCGGGCCGGGGAGGCGCGCGGUGGGAAACUUGGUGAACUUAGGGGCAGCCGCCCGGGUCGCGUGCUGCAGACCUCCACCCGGAAGCCGCCCGGGCAGGGCAUCGCCGAGCCGCCUGCGAGGAUGAAACGAGGAGGAAGAGAUAGUGACCAGGACUCCGCUGAGGAAGGCACUGCCGAGAAGCCCAAGAGACUGAGGACGACACAGGAGCGCUCGCAGCCUUGUGACUGGGGUAACCUCCUGCAGGACAUCGUCCUCCAUGUUUUUAAGUAUUUGCCUCUUCUUGACCGGGCUCAUGCUUCCCAAGUGUGCCGGAAUUGGAAUCAGGUGGACAGCAGCAAAGAGUCAGCUGAAGCGGCCUGUGAUAUACUGUCGCAGCUUGUGAACUGCUCUUUAAAGACACUCGGGCUCAUCUCAACUGCUCGGCCAAGCUUUAUGGAUCUACCAAAGUCUCACUUUAUCUCUGCGCUGACAGUUGUGUUUGUAAACUCCAAGUCCCUGUCCUCACUUAAGAUAGACGACACCCCAGUCGAUGACCCAUCCCUUAAAGUCCUCGUGGCCAACAACAGCGACACACUCAAGCUGUUGAAAAUGAGCAGCUGUCCUCACGUCUCUCCAGCAGGCAUUCUGUGUGUGGCUGACCAGUGUCACGGCUUACGAGAACUGGCCCUGAAUUACCAUUUGCUAAGUGAUGAGUUGUUGCUCGCACUGUCUUCUGAAAAGCAUGUUCGCUUAGAACAUUUGCGCAUUGAUGUUGUCAGUGAGAACCCGGGACAGACACACUUCCACACUAUCCAGAAGAGCAGCUGGGACGCCUUCAUCAAACACUCACCGAAAGUCAACCUAGUGAUGUAUUUUUUUUUAUACGAAGAGGAAUUUGACCCAUUCUUUCGUUAUGAAAUACCUGCUACGCAUCUUUACUUUGGGAGAUCAGUCAGCAAAGAUGUGCUUGGCCGUGUGGGCAUGACCUGCCCGAGACUAGUGGAACUGGUAGUGUGUGCCAAUGGGUUGCGGCCCCUUGAUGAAGAGUUAAUUCGAAUUGCAGAACGUUGCAAAAAUUUGUCAGCUAUUGGGCUGGGGGAAUGUGAAGUCUCAUGUAGUGCCUUUGUUGAGUUUGUGAAGAUGUGUGGGGGCCGCCUGUCUCAGUUAUCCAUUAUGGAAGAAGUGUUAAUUCCUGAUCAAAAGUAUAGUUUGGAACAAAUUCAUUGGGAAGUGUCUAAGCAUCUUGGCAGGGUAUGGUUCCCAGACAUGAUGCCUACUUGGUAAGGGGCUGCGUGACACAGGACAUGAUGAGAGAGUAGUACCUUCAUUCAAGAAAUGUACUCUCACUACAGUUUAUCUGCUCUCCAGCUGACACAGUGCCCCUGUUUUGUGGCACAGGAAUGUGAUAUCUUUGAGCUAUGAAUGAUUUUUAUGAAUGAUGUUUGUCAGAAGACUUAGAGUUGCUUCAGAGAACUCCUUUUUUUGUAGCCUAAUAGCAAUCGUAUGUUUAAAAAUUUAAAAUGUGGUUUCAUAUUUGAAAGUAAUAUCCAAUUAUGAAAUUGAGAUAAUUCAUAGUCUGAAGGAAGCAACCUGUAUAUUGUAAUAUCUCAGAAAUGUUCUACUAGGUUUUCUGAAAUGUUCUCUAUGCAUUUUUUAAAAAAAUGUAAACUUGACAUUUUAGGGUCUUCAGUUAUAAAUACACCUGUUAUAAGGUGUUUAAUAUAGCUCAGGAAAGUGAGCAUUUUGUGAGAGAAAUGUAUGAUAGUGCUCAUAAGACAUUGGUUGAAUGUUUUCAAACAUUAUGAAGCUGUUUUAAAAAUAAAGAUAUAAAUAUCAAAGUACUUAGAACGUUCACUGAUGAAUGUUGAAGUGGUGGUUCAGGAGGGCACACAGAGCCAGGAUCAAAUCUAGAGAGCUCCAUGGAGUCGGAGAGGUAGCACUCAGCCUUGUAUAAACUCUAGGUUUCUUGUGUAAUAUGCUAAGCCACAUGCAUUCUCUUGUUAUAUUACUAAUGUCUGUGGUGCCUGAGGCACCGUGUGUAAAGGAAUGCUUUGCUCUCUCUAAGUAUUUAAACUAUUAUUAAAUAUUUAAAUUAAAAUUUUACUUUAAAACAAAUUGAAAUAAUUAACAGUGGAGCUUUAUAAAUUGUUUAUGAAGUUUCAUGAAAGGAUAUUCGUCUCCAGGGAACUUUAGUGACGGCUCAUGCUUUAAGUUUGGAAUUACAUAGCUACAAUAAAUACAACGUUAAAAAUCAAAGAGCAUCUGUACAGUUCAGAAACACUAAAUUUAUAAGAAGAUAUAUUUCAUAAUAAUUUGCGUAAAUAUUACUCAGUGAACUGGAACAUUUUAAUAGGAAAAUAUAGUUUUGUGAUUGUCAGUUUGGUUGAAACUGGUAUUUUAUAUUAAGUUAUGUAGCUUUUCCUAUUACUUUCAUAUGAAUAAAGGUAAAUUCUAGACUUUAUAGAAUAUAAAAAUACUAAGUUUUGGUUAUAUAUAGUUUUGGGUUUUUUGGUUUUCGUUUUUUUUAGAUCCUGUAUGAGCUUGGAUUCUGGGCACUAGUGCUAACUAAUGUCUCUCCUGAGAGAAGUUAGUAGUGACUUACCCCACAGGAUGCUUCAGAGCCUGAAAUGGCUCUUAAAGUACCCUGAUAAUUAUGGAAGCUGACAGUCUUAAAAAUAGAUAAACUUACUGAGACUAAAACAGAAUGGCUGUGUACACAAUGCAUGCUUUUCAAGAGUGGUGGUGGUCUUUCAGGCACGUAGGGAUGAGAAGGAAAAGACCGACCCAGAGUUCCGCACUAAAGGCAACUUAGAAUAUUUCACUCUUAAACAGUAAGAAGCUUUGACUGUACAGGAAAUACUUGUGCUGUUUUGUGUUUUGUUUUUCUUUUUAAUUUUUUUGAACAACAUUGAAAAAUGGAGUUGAUGGUAUAUAGUCAGUUUUACUAACCAAAGCUUUAUUUGAAAACUUUUGUACAAAUUGAAUUAUAUGCUUGAAUACUUUAAGUCACUUUAUAAGCAAAAUGCAUAGCACUUAAUUUGUUUAUACUGUAAAAUAUAUGUUAAAUGGUUUUAUCAAUUUGAGAAUAAAGAUAGUUACUAAUGCGGUUGUAUUUUUAUAACUUUAGAGAACUAAUCAAACACACACACAAAGCUAUGACUUUAGUUUCCGAGCUAUUAUUUGGUAGUCUUUUUUAGGUGGACUUUGUUAGUCUUUUAAAAGGUAGCUUGAAGAUACAAAACUAGGCACAUUGAUUCUGUUCUGAUGCUCUAAUACCUGUGAAACUUAUCAUGAAAUGUAAAUUCUUUUAUGAUUAGAAAUAAGGCGUAGGUUUUUUAUGUAUUCAGAAUGAACCCCAAGAGUUCAGGAGGUUCUCAGGCUAAGCUGGUGAACACUCUUGGCAGUUUUCAGUUGCACGUCCUUCCGGGACUGCUUGUAACUGCAGUCCCAGAAGAUCUGUUGCCUUUGACAUCCAUGGCACCUGUGCUCAAUUACAUACACAUACCUAGACACCCACGCAUAAUUAAAACAGAAGGAUACAUAUGUUUUAAAAACCAUUCUUAGAGUUUCCUAAGCAAGCCUUUAACCUAGCAAGCCAUAUUAGAAAUCUAUAUUAGAAUAGUUUUAAAACAAUAGAAAUUAAUUUAUCUUAAAUAGGUUUCAGGAAACAGAUCCAAUUUGUUGUAAUAGGCCUUGCUAAACAAUAAAUAAGUUACUGUAAUCUGUUUGCAAAACUUGUUUACAUUUGAUGCAAUGUUAGCAAAAAGUAAGAAAAGUAUGGCCUGUUGCCGGCCUGUACCUCUGCUCUAAGGAAAAAAAGCAUUUUCUCAGAGAGUAAAAGCUUAUUCUUAGAAUUAAUGAUCAGCUCGCCAAAAUGCAAAUGCCUAAAUAGUUCCAACAAGGAAGAAACUCUUGGAGGCACUUGGAAGACCAUGAAG